AUGGCGGAUGAAGGCAGCAUUGACGAUACCUCUGCCCCACCGAUUCGGCUCAUGAACUUCGUCUCUGAACACCAGUUGGAAGAAUCAAGGAAAAGUAGGGGAUCAAGGGUGGACGAUGGUACUGCUCAAAGAGACCGGUCCCUUUUCGAGAUUUUAAAGGAGAACAAAGAUAAAAAAGAUGCAGAGUUCAAUGAGCGUUUCAAACACAGACCACCUAAAGCAUUGGAUGAAGACGAGACCGAAUUUCUUGAUAAUCUUGAGAUGUCAAGAAAAGAGUAUGAACAACAAGUGGCAAAUGAAGAAGCACAGGAGCUGCAAAGAUUCCAAGCUGCUGUGGCCGCACAAGCACAAAGUACAGUUGUCUCCGAACCAAAGGAGAUUCCUCCUGUUCCUAAAGUCCAGGUGGAUUUAAAUUCUCGGUAA